AUGGCACCUUCCUACCCUUCCCCUGUGAACGGUACAAGACGACCGACGAUGGAUCGUUCAAACUCCCAUACAGGAGCAUCAUCGCCCAUCCUCGCCUCGGCUCACACUACAAAUGCGAAUCGACGCGUUUCAGCUGCAGUAAAUAUCGAGGAAGAUAGGGGGUUGACAAUGCGCGAAAAGGAGAGAGCGGAUCAGCAAGGAAGUAUGGGUAAAGCUGGGGGUGUGAGUAGUGGAGUGACUAGACCUAAGAGACGCCUUAGUAGUCUACCUACUCAACCUCACCCUUUCUUUUCUGUCAACAGAGCCAUGUCUACCAAUUCUAUGAACUCCCCUCCUUCUUCCCCUAAGAUCACUCAUCCUCAUUCCACUUAUCAAGCAAUGCAGAAUCACAAGCAUGAACAUAACGACGAUCAUCACCAAACGCCCGCGUACAAUCGUGCGAACCCGCCAAGAUUAGAUGGAAAGGUUGGUAUGGUCAGCUAUGCAACUCAGAUGGCAGCUGCAAGUAGGGACAAAGAGGGUCCACCGAUGUUAUGGGGUAUAGAGUUGAAAUGGAUAUCGUUGAUCACCCUCGCUCUUCAAAACGCCUUUCUCACCAUCAUCAUGCACUAUUCUCGAAUAUCCACCGCACCAGGCAAGACAUAUUCUGCAGCUACUGCUGUAUUGCUCAACGAACUGCUGAAAGGUUCAAUAUCGAUAAUAAUAGCGUUGAAAAGGAUAGAUACCGACAUGUCAAAGUCGCCAAUACAACCACCAGCGGUAUAUGCUGAAAAAUUAAAUACAAGGGAUUCAGAUCGUCGAAUUACCUCUAGUAGUUCGUCGGCAUUCUCCCUCAUACAUCCCACACGACUCGCGGCAUUAUCCAAAGCUGUCUUCUCGCCAGAUUGCUACAAGCUUUCUGUACCCGCCAUUCUAUAUGUCAUUCAGAACAACCUUCAAUACGUCGCUGCCUCCAAUCUCGACGUGGCAACUUUCCAGGUCACCUAUCAGAUGAAAAUCCUUACUACCGCUUUCUUCUCGGUGUUGAUGCUCAGAAAGAGAUUAUCCAAAACGAAAUGGGCUUCAUUAGUCAUGCUCGCUAUAGGUGUUGGGAUUGUCCAGAUGCAAUCUACUUCUGCGCCUGCUACCUCCCACUCAACAACGACUAAAAUCAACCAUGGUGAACAUCAAUUACGAUCUGAGAUACCCGGAGCGCUUCACGAAGAAAUCAGGAUGAUGCAUCCGUUAAAAGGUUUCUUAGCUGUUACAUUAGCAUGUUUGACAUCGGGAUUAGCAGGAGUUUAUUUCGAAUUCAUCUUAAAAUCUUCUUCUGGUAAUGCCCCACCACCUGAUCUGUGGGUACGAAAUACCCAAUUAUCGUUGUUCUCCCUCGUACCCGCUUUGGUACCUAUCAUAGUCGCUCCUGCUGGACCGGAAGGUAUGGGAUAUGUAGGAAGAGUCAUGUCUGCGUUUAGCAAUUUCAAUGGGUGGGCGAUAGGGACGGUAUUGACUCAGACUCUUGGUGGUUUGAUAACGGCUUUGGUCAUCAGAUAUAGUGACAACAUCAUGAAAGGAUUCGCAACUUCCCUCUCCAUCGUGAUCUCCUUCCUUGCAUCCGUCGCUUUAUUCUCCUAUCCUAUCACAUUAGCAUUUGUGACAGGAUCCAGUAUAGUAUUAGCCGCUACGUACAUAUACAACUCGCCUUCCAGCUCUCCUCCAACAACAAGGACGACAGUGGCAGUCGCCCCCGGAUCACCUAUAUCGACGAAUGCUCCGAUCUUGGGUGAACCGGAGAAGCCCUCUAGAACAUCCAGUGUAAUUAAUUUGUUGGGUUUAUCAAAUUCCUUGGCAGGAUCUAGAAAAACUUCUUCGACGGACCUCAAGAACAAUUUGUCGUCGUUUACUCCUACAGCUGGCUACUCUGCUUCUGCACCUGGGACACCAUACUUGGGGAAUAGUGGAAGAGCGAGUCCGAAUUUGAGCAUAAAUACCAACGUCCAUUCGAAUCAGUAUUUGGGUGGGCCAGCUCAGAUAGUCGGCGGGCCUGGAACGGGAUUCGGAAGGGAGAAAAGUUGA